CGGAGUGAUUCGGUUAGGACUACACCCAAGCGCCUGUCUGAUUGCCGCGGCUUCUCUUCGUUGCCUAGACCAGAAGAAAGCCGGGACGUGACGGAGCCGGGGGGGUUUUGCUUUCUGGAGGCCCGUGAACCACCGAUAAAUACAGCUUCCUAGCAGUUUUCUUUUCGUCAUUCAAGAGACGAUUGUGAUUUAACUUAACCCAGCUUACCUUUUCCAAUUUCACAAACAUGACCUGGCAGAGCUACGUGGAUAACCUGAUGGCUGAUGGCAGCUGCCAGGACGCGGCCAUUGUUGGAUACACGGACGCCAAAUACGUCUGGGCUUCUCACAUCGGCGGUACCUUUGCCAACAUAACGCCCGAUGAAAUCGAUGUGGUAAUAGGAAAGGACCGAGAGGGAUUCUUCACCAGUGGGCUGACCUUAGGCAAUAAAAAGUGCUCAGUAAUCAGAGACAGCCUCCAAAUUGACGGUGACUGGACAAUGGACAUCCGGACAAAGAGUCAAGGAGGAGAGCCAACAUACAAUGUUUCUGUAGGCAGAGCAGGCAAAGCAUUGGUUUUUGUCAUGGGAAAGGAAGGUGUCCAUGGAGGGCAGCUGAACAAGAAAGCAUUUCAGAUGGCUGAGUACCUGAGGAAGUCCGGAUACUAAAGCAGCCUGUGCCCAGCUACCUAGCCGCUCACCCUUACCACCCUGUUGCAAUUCACACUACUUCCUGUCCUAGUUUGUAGUUUGUUUGUUUUUUUUUUGUUUUUUUUGUUUUUUUUUCCUGCCUUCUCUCCACCCUAUUAUACUUUUUUUUUUUUUCUUUUUUUUUUAUAUAUAUAUAUAUAUAUAUAUAUUCAUCCCUUCCCUUGUUCCCUUCACUUGCACUGUGUAUUAAGCCCCCUUUAAGCAUUAAGUUGAUCCAUAACAAAGAUGAGCAUGUUGCUAAACAGGAUGUCAUGACAAAUCCAUUAACAAGACCAGCAAAACGGAGCAUUUGGGCUACAGUGUCAAUUUGAACUAGAUCUUACUUUCUUCUUUGUUUGAUGGUACCUAUCUUUAUCCUCCCAGACCCCGGUCAUAGACACUCCUUCCCUGAGCAGCUUAUGCCUUUUGGAGCACUUGAGCAGUAACAUAGCUCAUCAUGUCUUCCUUUUAUUUCCUCCUCGUCCAGGAGGGGAGACUAUGUGCAUAUCUCGGACCACUGUCAUUUCCCACACUCACCACUACACAUCCCUGUUUUAGGCUGUCUCUUGCCAAAUUUCUCAGUACCUCCCUAUUUUUGUUAGCUUAAACGAGGCGACACUACAAACUUCCCAAUAGAUUUUAUCUAACACUACCCCCAGAGUUCCAUCUCUCGUCACUGUAAUGUCCUGAUUGCAUUUAUAUAAAGGGGAGGGGUAGUCUCUGCAUGGGAUCAGUUCGGUUAGCCAUCAUGAACUAAUAUUGUAAAUGAUGGUGUCAUUCUGAUGCUGGUAGCAUCUCUCCCUGGCAUCACGACCUCCGUGACUACACUAAACCCAUGGACAUUCCACAGUAACAAUGGCUCAGGCACUUAAUACUGUUUUGUUUGCGAGCUCCUGUUUAAAAAAAAAAAAAAAAUGAAUAAAUAAAAAAAAAAAAAUGAAACCCUUUUGAAAGCCUGCCAUUUCUUUUGACAGUAGAUAUCCCAGCAUAUAACCACCUGGAGUGUGUCCAGUUUAACUUUUUUUUUUUUUUUUUUUUUUUUUUUUUUUUUCUUCUUCUAUAGGACCAAGUGUAGUCGUAGCUUGGGUGUUUAUACAAUUGCUCUAAAUUAUGGGAAGGAUGACUUUUUUUUUUUUUUUUUUUUUUUUUUUUUUUUUCCCCUUUCCCCCCCCCCCUACCCCUGAUUAAACUAACAGUAAUGCUAUGGUUGAACUGAAAAAGCUACAGGGCAGGUAAGGGUGGGAGUAUCUAAAGAAAAUCCUCAUGUCUAGAAGAAAAAAAUGCAUUUGUACAAACCCAUGCUGUGUUGACAACUACAUAACUGUGGAAUAAAUUGCCUUCUACUUUAUAGUCAGCUGAGCUCUGGGGUAUCACAUGGUCUGUCCAUGCUCAGUACUGCUAACUGUAAUGUCCAACUGAUAAAUGACUAACUUAAAGUAGAAAUGACACUCAAUGGGAGACGGAUUAGUUGGAACAAUGAUGCUCAUGGUUGUCUUGUCAAAACGUAACUACAGAACCUGUGUAUCCUGUGCCAUAAUGUAGAGAUCUGUUGUAAGAUGGAUUUUACCCACUGUUCACUAAGGAGUCAUCCACAUUUUUUUGUUUUCUUUAAAGCUUCAGCUCCACUAUUUAGGCCUUGUGGGAUAUGUGUACUCAUUUAAAAAAGAAAAAAAAAAAAGCUGUUUCAAGUCCUGUUUGCCGAUUUGUUCAUUUUUCCUUUCCUCACUUUUUUUUUUUUUUUUUUUUUUUUUUUUUCCCCCCCUUUGUUGCAUCUGGGAUACAGUCUUUUAAUGCAUCUGAUUUCAUAUGCAUAAACCAAGAAUGCCAUAAAUUGAUUUAUCACCUUGUUUACAGACAGAUCAAAUAAAUUUAUUCCAACCAGA